GGUCCCCGGGGGCGGCUGAGUGAAAGGGGCCGGGCCGCGGGGUUUGCGGGACCCCCGAGCAGACGCGACCACGGGCGGGGGAAUCGGACGACGCAGUGCAGGGACGGCGAGGCUCGGCGCGGCGAUGGCGGCGCUCUCCGCGCAGACAGAGCUGUAACUGGCUUACCCUCCUGGCUGAUGAGCCUGCCCAUCAUGGCGAGCCCCACUCUGAGCCCCGACUCCUCAUCUCAGGAGGCGCUGUCAGCACCCACCUGCUCCCCAACCUCCGACUCUGAGAACCUCAGCCCAGAUGAACUAGAGCUGCUGGCCAAGCUUGAAGAGCAGAACCGGCUCCUGGAAGCCGACUCCAAGUCCAUGCGCUCCAUGAACGGCUCCCGGAGGAACAGCGGCUCCUCACUAGUAUCCAGCUCCUCAGCCUCCUCUAACCUGAGCCACCUGGAGGAAGACACAUGGAUUCUCUGGGGCCGCAUUGCCAAUGAGUGGGAAGAGUGGCGGCGCAGGAAGGAGAAGCUGCUCAAGGAGCUGAUCCGAAAGGGCAUCCCACAUCACUUCCGGGCCAUCGUUUGGCAGCUCCUGUGCAGUGCCACAGAUAUGCCUGUCAAGAACCAGUACUCAGAGCUACUCAAGAUGUCCUCACCAUGCGAGAAGCUGAUCCGCAGGGACAUUGCCCGCACCUACCCAGAGCAUGAGUUCUUUAAAGGCCAGGACAGCCUGGGCCAGGAAGUCCUGUUCAACGUUAUGAAGGCAUACUCCCUGGUUGAUCGGGAAGUGGGUUACUGCCAGGGCAGUGCCUUCAUUGUGGGCUUACUCCUCAUGCAGAUGCCUGAGGAGGAGGCCUUCUGUGUGUUCGUGCGACUGAUGCAGGAGUACCGGCUGCGGGAGCUCUUCAAACCCAGCAUGGCCGAGCUGGGACUCUGCAUCUACCAGUUUGAGUACAUGCUACAGGAGCAGCUUCCGGACCUGAACACCCACUUCCGAUCACAGAGCUUCCACACAUCCAUGUAUGCAUCAUCCUGGUUCCUCACACUUUUCCUUACCACCUUCCCCCUGCCUGUUGCCACCCGGGUCUUUGACAUCUUUAUGUAUGAGGGAUUGGAGAUUGUGUUCCGAGUCGGCCUCGCCCUGCUGCAAGUGAACCAGACAGAGCUGAUGCAGCUGGACAUGGAAGGCAUGUCCCAGACCCUACCCCCUCCCAGCAUCUCCAGCUGGUGCUUCAGGAAAGAAUGCACAAAAGCCACAGUUGUUUCUGUGAACACGGGCAUCCAUUGUCCAAGACUGCCUGAGGAGACCAGCUGGGCGGAGGAACAGGACCCGUUGUCCACUGGGCUUGUCUGCCCCCUUCCUGAGGAAGGUUCCCUCAUGCUCAGAUCCCAUUCAUCCCAGCCCUGCCUUCAGAAGUACUUCCAGAGAGUGAUCCCCCACCAGUUUGACAGCUGCCCGGACAAGCUGGUCUUCAAGGCUUACCAGGUCAAGUACAACCCUAAAAAGAUGAAGAGGCUGGAGAAGGAGUACGCAGCUAUGAAGAGUAAGGAGAUGGAGGAGCAGAUCGAGAUCAAAAGGCUUCGAACAGAGAACCGACUGCUCAAACAACGGAUUGAGACCCUAGAGAAGGAGAGCGCGGCCUUGGCUGAUAGGUUAAUCCAGGGGCAGGUGACGCGGGCACAGGAGGCUGAGGAGAACUAUGUCAUCAAACGGGAGUUGGCAGUGGUGAGACAACAGUGCAGCUCGACUGCCGAGGACCUUCAGAAGGCACAGAGCACCAUCCGGCAGCUGCAGGAACAGCAGGAAAACCCUCGCCUCACAGAGGACUUUGUAGCACACUUGGAGACAGAGUUGGAGCAGUCACGGUUACGUGAGACAGAGACUCUGGGGGCCCUUCGAGAAAUGCAGGACAAGGUUCUGGACAUGGAAAAGAGAAACAGCUCGCUGCCAGAUGAGAACAAUGUAGCCAGGCUGCAAGAGGAGCUCAAGGCACUCAAGGUGCGGGAGGGCGAGGCUGUAGCCUCUGCUCGGGAGCUGAAACUGCAGCUGCAGGAGCUCUCGGACACCUGGCAGGCCCAUCUUUCCCGCGGUGGCCGCUGGAAGGAGUCCCCGAGGAAGCUGGUCCUGGGCGAGCUGCAGGAUGAGCUCAUGACUGUGCGUUUGCGCGAGGCACAGGCCCUGGCCGAUGGCCGCGAAUGGCGGCAGCGAGUCGUGGAACUGGAGACGCAGGACAACAUCCACCGCAACCUGCUGAAUCGUGUGGAGGCGGAACGUGCGGCUCUGCAGGAAAAGCUGCAGUACCUAGCGGCACAGAACAAGGGACUCCAGACUCAACUCAGCGAAAGCCGCCGCAAGCAGGCAGAGGCUGAGUGCAAGAGCAAGGAGGAAGUGAUGGCGGUGCGCCUUCGGGAGGCCGACAGCAUGGCCGCAGUGGCGGAGAUGAGGCAGCGCAUCGCAGAGCUGGAGAUCCAGAGGGAGGAGGGUCGCAUCCAGGGCCAGCUGAACCACUCAGAUUCGUCACAGUACAUCCGCGAGCUGAAGGAGCAGAUCGAGGAGCUGAAGGCUGAGGUACGACUGCUGAAAGGCCCACCAGCCUUCGAGGACCCGCUGGCCUUCGAUGGGCUUAGCCUGACACGGCACCUGGACGAGGACUCUCUACCAUCUUCUGAUGAAGAGCUGCUGGGCGUGGGUGUGGGCGUGGGUGCAGCCCUGCAGGACCCACUCUACCCUCUGUCGCCCCGGGACGCACGCUUCUUCCGACAUCUGGAAAGGCCAGCCAAAGACAGUGAAGGUAGCUCAGACAGCGACGCAGACGAGCUGGCAACGUCUUAUAGCAACCAAGGCCUGGACAACUGAGGCUGGGGGCCACUCCCUGGGAGCCUGGAGGCCGCCACCACUGCUUGCUGGGAGGAGAGGGCAGCAGUCAGUGACCUUGCUGCUCCGCAGCACUAGAAAAUUCUGUGCCUCUGUGGCUCCUCCCAACCAAGGGCCAGGAGAAGGAGGCAGCACAGAGCGCAGGGCCUACUGGCAGGCCUGUCCUAUGUAGCAGUGUUUACCUAUUUUGGUCCAUACGGUCCAGGCCCUCCUGAGUUCAGGGGGUGCCUGGGUCAGUUACCUGGAGGGUGUUGCUCUCCUAAUAUGGACAAGGGCGGAAAGUGCAGAGGUCCCAGGACUUGCUAAGCAGGAAGCUUCCUCCUCCCAGUCAGCUUCCCUUUGGGACAAGGGUGGCCCUGCUGGGUGGGGCCCAGGAGCCACAGUGGGUUUGAGGAAGGAGGGGCAACUUGGACUGGAUAUUAGCACUCCAGGACAGGCUCCCUGGACACAGUGAUUUUGAACAGCCAGUCCCUUGCCACCAGGGUCAGAUGGCCAGGCUGGGCUUUUAUGCCUGGUACAGGCAUCAUGGCCCCUGCAGCAGAAACCAAAGUCCCCCCCCCAUCCUGUGUGCAGGGUCAUCAGGGGUGUGAGUGGUCAGUGAGAACCAGCUCAGGCCUGGGCAGUGUCUCCCCACUCUGUAGGGCUACAGAAGCUGCAUAGAAGAGGCCCUUUUCCCCAGAGUACCCAUCUUCCUCUGGAGAGCCCUAACAUCAUACAUGUUGGCUGGCUGUUGAAGAGAACCCCUUCCUGAGGAGUUCUCAGCCUCAGAGCACUUGUUCCUGUGUCCCUAGCCCCACUUCUGGCCAGAGUUUCCCAGUCAGAGUUACCUCCCUUUUCUCCUUGAAGUGUUUCUGUGGUCUCUGCCCAGUCAGAGUUGAGAAUGGUGCCAAAGUCCAUCGAUGCCCCAGGCUCCUCUAUCCUUCACCCCUGCAUCUUGGGACCCUGGGGACUGACCCCCCCUCAGUGCUCCUAGAGCCUCAGGUAGGGUGGUGUCCCAAGCAAUCCCUGGGUGCUUCCUGGGUGGGCCCCCAGCUCAGUCUCCGUUCCUGGUGGCCUACUCUAAGUGUUAAGAAGCCUGGGGGCCGGGGCAGGGUACCCCUGGGGGGCCCUCCUAGGUGCCCCUCACGUGCCCUUCCACACUGCCCACCACCAUUUUGCACACUGCCUGUUCACACUCCAUGUCUCCCAGGCAGGAAAGACGGAAAAUAAAGUGUAUUUACACAGUCAAAAGGGACCCUGAGUGGAACAAGCCAAAGGCCUGGGAUAAUCACAGCAAGAAGGUGCUGAACCCCUGUCCUUGUGUUCUGGAAGUUCAAAGAUGAAUGCAGUGGCUAGUUGGUGUGAGAAAGGGCACAGGGAUGGAGAGAGGGUUCAAACCAGCUUCAGGAAGAGCUGGGCCCAGUGAUAUCCAUUCAGCAGAGACUCUGGGAGGCCAAUGAAGUGUUCUGCCC